UUAUUCCUGUAGAUAUUGGGGGCUUCUUGGCCAAGCCAUGGAGGGCUACUGACUGGACCAUUAAGAGUAAACAGGAACUGAUGAAGAAGAUCCAGGAGUACCAGCCUGAGCUCAGCGGUGUGACCCAGGCCCGAGUGCUGCUGGUGGGGCCGGUGGGUGCCGGGAAGUCCAGCUUCUUCAACUCCAUCAACUCUGUGUUCCGAGGCCACAUGACCUCUCAGGCCAUCAGCGGAGUGUGUGGCAAGAGUGUGACCACGCAGUUCCGCAGCUUCCCCAUCAAGGCAGGCAAAGGGGGAAAGAUGCUGCCCCUGGUUCUGUGUGACACCAUGGGUCUGGAGAGCCAACCAGAAGCUGGGCUGAACGUGGACGACCUCUACAACAUCUACAAGGGCCGCAUAGCCGACCGCUAUCAGUUUAGUCCCAGCACACCCCUACAGGAGGACGCCCCCGGCUUCAGGAAGACGUCCACUUUGGGGGAGCAGAUCCACUGUGUGGUGUACGUGUUUGACACGUGCCAACUGCUCUGCGACGAGAUCAUCGAGAAGAUGGCCGCCAUCCGCAAGAAGACAAACCUGAUGAACAUUCCCCAGCUUCUGCUCAUGACCAAAGUGGAGGAAGCUUGUCCCCUUGUAAAGGAGAACUUAUCCAACGUUUACCGCAGUGAAUACAUCUACAAGAAGGCCCAGCAGCUCAGCACGGCCCUGGGCAUCCCUCUGUGCUGCGUGCUGCCGGUGAAGAACUAUAGUGAGGAGCUGGAGCUGGAGCUGAGCACAGACGUGCUGCUGCUCAACGCUGUGCAGCAGAUGCUCCACUACGCCGACAGCUUCUUCGAGAACCAGCUGGAGAGUGAGAGCGAUACCGAGCAAGAGAUGACCACGAACAGAAAUGACGUUUAAAAAAAAUGUGCAUUCUGUAAUGAAUACAUGUCUUUGUUUGAAUAGAUCUUUGUAAAUAAUCUAAGACAAUUAUGUUGUUUAAUCAGUUUCCAUAAGAAUAUUGUAAAUUAAUCAGAUCAGAUUAGGUUAGGUUAGAUUACAGUCAAAUAGAUAGGGCUACGUGGCCCCGUUUAAUUCAUUCAUGCAUUUUGUUCUAUUCUACUAUUGAGCAAAUUAAUAAAGUUUAUUUAGUUG